CCAGUCACAAUGAUGGAAAAAGGGAAGAGUGAAGGCAGCAGAGGGGAGGAUGGUGGAGUGAGGCAGGGCGGGGUUGCUGAGUAACCAGUAGAAGAGGGAGGAAGCUGCUUUUACAGGACAGAGGAGCAGAGGGAAUCGAGUGAGUGUCGGCUAUAGAUGAGGGAGGGGGGGCUUCCAGACUGGAUGGGCCCAGCAAUGUCUUGAUGGAGUAUGGGCCAGGUUUUAGGAUUCUCCCACUGUCAGGAAUAUGGCUCUGUGGCAUCCACUCCAGACUCAACACCUCCAUGCACCGAUGGUGGCAACGAGGAGUCGGAGAUGUGCGACCUGCAGACAGCCAGAGAAUGGUCUGAUGAUGAUGAAGUGGAGGAGGCAGGAGAUCCAAAUGAUGAUGAUGAUGAAGGACACGCUUCAUCUCCAUCCAUCUGGGGAACCCCUCGCCAGCAUUCCUUCGAGCUGACCUUCUCUUACAUUGCCAUCGCAGAGGCUGAAGCAGUUGGGAGCUCACGGCACUAUCGUGAGCGGCGCAGGGCUGUCCCUCGGGUGGGUCGCACUCCUUUGAUUCGAACUGACACAUUGGAAAUGCUGUUGGACUCCACUGAUGUAGACUGGGAGACACAGGCUUUUUUCAAUCAAGAUGAAGACGAGGAAACAUCAGGGAAUGGAGCCUUGGACCUAGCAGAACCAAGGACAGCAAACCCUGGUAGAAGAAGGGAAAGGGAACAAGGAGACUCUAUUAGAGUGCAACCCUCCCCCGAAACUGUAGACUCUGAAAGCCAAAGGACAGACACAGGAGAUGGGCAAGAGGACAGUGAAAGCCAGACUGGCCAAACUUCUUCUGAGAUCCAUUCAUCUCAACAACACAAUCCCUCACAGACAACUCUGGCUGCAGAGGAUUCACCAACCUUGCAGCCUGAGUCUCCUGUCACCUUGGAAACCAUUUCAGUCAAGCUGCUCACAUCUGUGAGACCCACAGACCCAGCAUGCUCAUCUCUGGCAUCUGUAGGCGUUAACUCUCAGGAACAGCUGGUCAGAGAUCACUGGUUUUCAGCACCGUACCUAACAGAAGAUCUGACUGUGAGCAUCCGCAUAGCAGUGAUGGACCUAAUCUACUGGAAGGACACAGAAAGAAGUGGCAUGGUGCUCACAGCCUUGGUGGUGGGCUUACUUUCCUUGUUCCAGCUCAGCAUCAUCACUGUGGUCUCCACAGUCUCAGUGGCAGUCAUGUGUUUCACCAUCUCAGUGCGCAUCUACUACCAGUUGCUCUAUAUCCUCAGCUGGGGGGACGGAGAACAUCCCUUCAAGUCAUACUUGGAUAUGGACAUCAGUUUCAGUGGAGAACAGGCUGACUUCUACAUGCAAAAAGCCAUUUUUCUGGCUCUGUCUGCUGUUGAUUCCCUAAGGAGGCUGUUUUUUGUAGAAAAUCUUUUUGAAUCCCUCAAGUUGCUGUUUCUGAUGUACCUCGUCACAUACCUGGGAGCCCUUUGCAAUGGCCUUACUAUUCUCAUCAUAAGUGUGAUUGCUCUCUUUUCUUUGCCACUUUUCUAUGAAAGACGACAGGAGCAAGUGGACGGCUUUAUUGGAAAAAUUCAGGCCAAAAUUGACAACGUCAAGGACUUUCUGCGAAGACUUGCCCAAGGUGGAGGCCCGCCUCCUGAUACAACUCCUGGUGGUGCCAAACCUAAAACCCAGUAGAAAUUUUAUGGACAAUACCUUUAAGGAGAAGCUGCCAGAGCUGCAGACUCCACUCAAUGUCUUACUCAGCAGUGUGUCCCUCCACUAAACAUCUCUGCAGAAGCUGGGAUCAUGAAGGAAAGAGCAAUGAUGUACUGUAUACUCAAACUGUGUCUCAUUUCUAGGGGUUAGAGGAUGAAGCUCAGGUCUUCUAAGGGUGAAAUCACAGUUACUGAGUCACCCUGCUGUCAGAGGGGAACAUCAUCCCAGGAAAUAUAAUUUUAGUGUGUUUUAAAAGAGAUUCAAUGAUUAUCUUAAAUAAGGUUGUAGUAUGAAUAAGUGUUGAAGAACAUGAGUUGGAAUUUCUCACCAGAAAACACUCCUGAAACUGAGGACUUUGGUUAUUUGUUCAGGUGAUUUAACUGUAUAUGAGAGAACAAAAACAGGGAUCCUCAUGGCAGCAUAAAAAAGAUCACAUCUACAUCUCUAAUACAUUCUCACAACUAUUUAUCUGCAUGAACCCAGUUUGUUGUUUUGAAUGUGUGCAUCUGUUCUGACAAACUUACUGAAACAAACUUGCUCUGGUCGCAAACAAUUAAAGCCAAAUUUCCUCUUUAUUUUCUAAGAUGAUUUUUUUUUACUUCCAACCCAGAUUUCAUUUACUCUUCAGUUUGUUUUUUGUCUUGUUUUUUUUAUUUGUUCUGCGCCCCAGCUGAUGCUUUCCCCCCUUGUCAGGUGCACCAGAAGUGGAAGAAAAAUGAUGAACUUUUGACAGGAUGUUAGUUCUUGAGUGUUCUUUUCUCGAAAGGCUUAUGAUUUUUAACAGAUCCUCCCAGUGCCAUUGCUGGAAAAUUGAGAGAGUAAGAUACAGCAGGUGCCUUUUUUCUGACUGCAGGUUUUUGUGCAUGAAAUCAUUCACAGUACUUAAAGCAAGCCUUCAUCCUCUUUAUCUGACCCUCACCUCCAAAGCAGAGCGAUUUAUGGGAUUACUGUAUAAUAUAUACAUGUGCACAAUGGAUCUUACCAGAAUUGUAACAAAUUCAGUUUCAGGAAUUUUAGAAGCAUUCAGGAUGCUCUGCUAUUUAAACCCUUAUCUUAUUUCUGCUAAUGCUUCAAACAAAUAAUGUCAUUCGUAUGCCUUACUGUUGUUCAGCUCUUGCAUUCUUAAAAAAAUAAAACAUAUAGACAUGAUAACUGAUAUAAACCAAAAUAUUGAAGCCUUCAAGUCUGAUUCCUACAACAGGUCCUCUUUGUGCUUUUAGCUCCGGGUAUCUAUCCAAAAUAAUUUAUUUCA